CACUUCUCCUGUCCUGUAUAUUGGCAGUCCUCCCCGUCUUGUAAUAACGCUAUAAAAAGACAUGACGCUGACAGAGAUUCCGGAUUACAUCAUCGCAAAGUAUAAUUUCCGGAUCUGGUACACUCCACCCAGAGAUAGAGGAGAAGAGCAGGGAAGAUUGUAAUGGCCGCCUCUCCUCUCGUUCCUCCUGGGCUGCAGGAGUUAAUUCCGGUCAGUCGGUUCUAUGUUAAUCAGACAUGGAGCAGUGUGUACCAGCGUUACUGCACCUACGACUUAUUAGGACCUGAUGGGAAUCUCGUAUACCAGGCAAGGGAGAAACGGAAAUGGUGUGGACCUCCGAUGGACGUCAGAGUCCAGAACAUUCAGGGCUGCAAUGUCCUCACCCUGUACAAGCCGGCCGUCCUCUUCAGCUGGAAAUCAAAGUUACAGGUAAUUGACGCCUCAGAUCGGCUCCUCGGAUACAUAGAGAAGAACUUUUCUUUUUCUUCUGCAUCUUUCAACAUCCUGAACCCAUUAAAUCAGAUCUGUCUAAAAGUGGAAGGCCCCGGAUGGGGAGAAGGCUUCAUGUCCGACCGGGUCUUCAAGGUGCUGUCAGCUGAUAAAUCCGCAAUGGUCAGCCACAUAACGCGAGUGUGGAAAGGAAUCGGCAAGGAAAUGUUCUCCAGAGAAGAUAACUUUGUGGUACAAUUCCCACCAAACAUGGAGGUUUCCAUGAAAGCCAUCCUGCUGUGCUGCACAUUACUGAUUGAUCUGCUGAAACAUAAGAGGCAGAGGAAUCAGAGCCGUUCAUCAUGAGGACCGUGUUGGGCACAGGAGGAACCUGGGGGACAUUUAUCAAAACCUGUGUGGAGGAA